AUGAACGGAGAGCUGAGAAUAAUGAAAGAGGCUCUAAGAGGAAGCGGAGAAGCCGGACGAAAUGGCCCAGAGAGGCGUGGUGAUGGUGAAAAGGGAGGGAAAGUGAAGGAGAAGUCAGAAUGUACUUGCAAGUUUUGGUUAGAUCUCAGCGAGAGAAACUCUAGGGUUUCAAGAAGCUUGAGAGCCUCUGCUUGUUCUGCUGAGGUUGCUACAAUCAUCUUGGAGAAUCCGUCGACUAACCGACCCCAGGAGUCUUGGCAUAAGCAGGUGACCGCUCCCCUAUUUUCAGCAUUGGCUGAUUUCGCGUUGUCGUUGCCUACAAAGGAGGCGUCAAUGUUCACCUUCAAUGUACCAGGGGGAGUUUCGCUCCAUAUCCGAGAUGUCCAAGGGCAAAGCAACAACGUGUGCUCGAUGGUUUCCACUUCUUGUUUGCAUAUAGGGCAUACAACCGGCGUUGGCGCCGAUUUCAACCCUUUGAAGGCCCCAUGAUCAUUAAUGAAAUGCUUCGGAAUUAGUUGAGUGAAGGCCCUGGUUUCUUGCAUUGUAUCCAAAACCAGAACUUCUUGUUCCUUGAUCAAUUCAAUAAUUUGAAGAAUAUUAUUCCAACCUGUCGUCCUUCUUGGGCGGCAUUAGCCCAAUCCAUUCCCUGAACACAUAAAAUAAUGUCAAU